AUGGAUUAUUCCAAUCAUUAUCACGAACAGACUCCACCAAGUCAACAGUUUUUCGAUACAUUUUCUUAUUUUGGUCCGAUAUCUUAUCAAGAAUACAAUGAAGGAUUAAAUUGGAUAAAAAACACAGCGAUCAACGAAAAUGUUCAAUACAUUGAGACAAUGUUAACAAGUUCUCCAAAUCUCGUUGUCUCCGAUUAUCUAAACACUCUCGUCGAUAAUUUAACAUCGAUUUCAUCGGAUGAACAUAUCGACAAGGUCUUAAACAUUUACUUUGAUACAAUUCGAAACAACAUAACAAUAAAUACAACAAUAAAUAAUCAUGUUGAAAUGAUUGAAAGGGUAUCCAAAGGAAUCGACGAUCAGAAUUUCACAAUACGUUUCCAGAGUUAUGUCUCACGAAAUAGUAAACCUUCGCGUGUAUUCUCAAGUUUAGUCUCUUCGUUUUGUGCUGCGACACGAACUGAUCUCAUCGUUGGUGUGAAUAUCGUUGGUCCAGAACAUGGAUUUAUCGCUUUAACAGAUUAUUCCUUACAUAUGAAAAUGUUUCGGUUUUUAAAGAAACAUUUUCCUUACGUGAAACUUUCAAUGCAUGCGGGCGAAUUAGUUUUAGGUUUAGUUCCACCUGAGCAAUUGCAAUUUCAUAUACGUGAAGCAAUUGAAAUCGCCGGAGCGAACCGAAUUGGUCACGGAAUCGAUAUAUUCUACGAAAAACAUUCGUAUGAACUUUUACAAAAAAUGAAGCAGAAUCAAAUUGCCGUAGAAGUUGUUGUCAGUAGUAAUGCUUUCAUUUUAGGGAUACAAAAUCAAGCACAUCCAAUGUUAGUCUAUAAAGCACAUCAAGUUCCGUUAGUUAUCGCCACGGAUGAUCCAGGUGUUUCGAGAUCAAGUAUGACAAAUGAAUAUUUGCUAUUUUGUGAUCGAUAUAAACCAAGUUAUGCGGAAUUAAAAACGUUUGUGUAUGAUAGUAUUCGAUAUUCGUUUUUGAACGAUCGAGACAAAGAAAGACAAUUGACAAGCUUAGAUCAGAGAUUUCAAGUUUUUGAACAAACCAUUGCAGAUGUCAAGAAAUUCUUGGGUGAUCCUGGUGUUUUGCCAACAGUUUCUUCGUCGAAUUCAAAUUUCAUCUCGUUAGUUCUUUUUUGUGGAAUUCAAUUUUUAAUAAACGACUCCCUUCUCGGUUAG